AUGCAGCCUUCAGUUUCCUGUUUAUCUGGAUCAUUCAUGGCCUUUCUUCUCCUACAGACCGCAGUACACACCCAAGCUAUGGGCUUGAAUGUAGAGAUUAACAUUCAGGUUCCGGAUACAGAAGGCGUGCUGGUGGAGUGUGCUUCAGGAAGUUUGAUUCCACCUGCUGAGAUGAUAUGGAAAGACAGCAAGGGGAACAUAAUCUCACACUCAUCAACAUCUGACACUCAGAACAGAGCUGGAUUAUUGUAUUUGAAGAGCAGUAUUCUUCUAAAGAACAGAACACAUGGUCCCAUUACUUGCUCCAUUUACAAUGUAACUACUAAGCAGGAGAAAAAGAAAAGUAUUGUCCUACCAGAUGUCCUGUUCAAACCAGAGUAUAUGUCCUUGAUGUCAAACAAACUUCCACGGCCUAUGAUAUAUUUGAUAAUUAUGCUCCUUCUUAAUUUUCUCAGAGGAAUACUUGUUUUUAUUUGUCCCAGAGAAAAUUUUGUUUCUCAUUUCAUAGAAAAGAAUAUUAAAUUCAAGAAAGAUGGGAAGAAUGAAAUGAGACUUGGCUAUGAGCUUACCUGUGAGUUUCUACUGUUAGUUUUGUAUAUUGCCUUCCUCCCUCUCUACUUAAAGUUCAGGAGCAGAGCUUCUAUUUUGGAUGAUGCAUACCCAUUGUAUAGUAAUUGGCUGUGGGACAUAUGCAUAAUCUUGUCUGUGAUGAUGCUAUUUUUCACUCUGCUCAUUUUGUUUCUCCUUUGGACCUUAAACAGUUACCAUCAGAUGACCCCAUCGCCUUCCACGAGUAAAGACCCUCCUGCAGUUCCUUCAGAGCAAAGUAUCUCUCUGUGUCUGCUGAGUUCUAAGGAAAUGGUAGUGAGAUCCUCACAGAGUUCCUAGAACUGUUUGAAGAAGAGAAUAUUCAGCACAAAGAAAGUUGUAGAGAAGAUAACUUCAACCCUCUUCAGCCCUUAAAAUUGCAGUCUCAACUGGGAAAUGAGUCAGUAGAGAAAGACAGAAAAAUAUACUGGUUUGAAUAUAAAAUUUAUGUCUAUAGGACAUACAAUCAAGGGGGUCUUUUGAUAAAAU